AGCUGAUUUACGAGACCAGAUCGUCUAAAAAAUUGUAACAACACGCAAUUAUAGCUAACCUAGAAUUUUUUUACCACAUAUCAUUACUUCAUAUUUAGUCGGCAAGUGGGAUACGUAAGAUUGCCGGAUAGUGCUGCAUCCGUAUAGUCUCAAAUGCAUACUAAAUCCGUUUUAUUACAUCUUAUAGGUUAUCGACAGGACAAUCUUUUCAAAUCCCCUUUUUAGCUAUUCAGCCAUACUUCAGUAGUGAACUUUUGGCUUUGGAAUUCCAUUUCCCAUCCGGCGUAGUACUCAGUUCUCGGAACAACACUCCGGAAGAGGUUAUCACUGUACACAUUGGGAGUUUUGACGGUAUAUCGCAACAAAACAUUAUUGGUGCAAGAGCUGCUUUUGGACCAGAUCUCUCUGAUAUGGAAGACAUGGAAACAUCUUUGGUCAUCUUCGAUCCUCUCUUCGACACCUUUCUCGGAUGUAGUCAGUAUUCUGAAGACGAGAAAAGUGCGAUCAGUGGAAACAUGGUGAUUGUUGGACGAGGCAAAUGUAAUUUUGAAGACAAGGCCAUCCUGGCGCAAUCCGCUGGCGCAACGGGAAUUAUCUUCGUAAACGCAGACGAAAACAAAAUUUUUCAAGUUGUAGGAUCAGCAACUCCCAAACGCCAAAUUCAUAUACCCAGCCUGAUGAUUAGCUAUAAAGAUGCCUUACAAUUACUUGGAAACAAUCUUGAUCAUAGAUUUCCACUCCAUAUCCCAGGUGCCAAGCUUAACAAUCUUCAACACUCUUAUUUAUCCUACCAUACCAAGUUGACUGUCAAUGGCAAACCUGUUCAUAAUCUUGUGUUUGUAUAGAAGAAUUUAGAUCAAUCAUUUGAUAAAAAGCACAUAUAGGUGGAUUUCGAUAUUACAUGUUCAAUAAGAAUGAGGUUUAUAAUGGUAGAAAAGUUAUGUAUAACUGAAAGGAUGCUAUGUACAUGAGUGGAACACUAGACACGUACAAUUGAGCCGUCUGCUCGACGGCUAAUUUGCUUGCCUGGUGCUGUUCGGAUCAUUAUCCUCUUCCUCUGUCGUGGUGUUGGCAUUCUGAAGUAGUGAGUUUCUGGAUGCUUGCGGGGGUAUAGC